AUGAUACCGGCGAUUGCCGGAUCAGUGAGCGUUCUGGUGGUUCUACUGAUACUGAUCCCGAUUGGAGUCUACACAUAUAUUCAGAAAACUAUUGCGGCCAAACGAGAUCCUUACUGGUGGAGAAUCUACCGACGGGAAUUGGUUCUUGUUGUGGGUAAUGGAACCGGCAUCGCGGACGACUACCGUGUCGUGGAUGGUGAUAUUGGUGACACCCUUGGGCCUCGUGAACGUUCGGUUACGUUUUCCGAACCAAUCGAGAAAUCGUUUUCCGGAAAAGGUGAUCUGGUUCAACUGGAUGCAGUUGCACGAGCGUACUAUGCGCUGCCUGUAAUAUACCGUUCAAAUCCAGUCGGAUUGGCGGAUCUGCCGCAGCCCAAACACAAAGCGUCACCGCGGGUAGUGAAGAGUGUCACGCCGCUAAAAGCACUGCACCAUACAAAUCUCCAUCAUUUUAUCGGAAUUGUGCUCAGCGACGACAAUGUAUGCCAGUACACUGUUGGCGAGUUAUGCCAUCGCAGAACACUGACUAAUUUGCUCCUGGCGGAAAGCUUUCCGCUUGAUCAAGCCUGCAAGAAUUCCCUAAUCAUGGAUAUUGUCGAUGGUAUGAACAUGCUUCACGGCAGCGACAUUAAGUCUCACGGGAAUUUGACAUCGGGGACUUGUCUAAUUACUAGUCAGCUAGUGCUGAAGGUCACCGAUUACGGUAUUCCCAUGCUGACCCGCCCACUUCACUGGACCGAGCCACCGUCGAAUUCACAGACGGAGAGGAAUUUCUAUACUUUGCUGUGGCGCGCUCCGGAAUUAUUACGGCACAAGAUGAAUCCGUUUGGCACACAACAAAUUAUACUUCGCUCUGGACCGUUCCGAUUAGAAGACUCUGCUAUCACCAAUGACAAAGCUAGGGAAAUAGUUGCAGAAAUUCAGCACGGCUCCGUUCCUCCAUUACGACCGCCCGUUCCCAGCGUGGCUUGUAACCCGAGGAUUUACGGCCUCAUGGAAACCUGUUGGGAGGAGAAUCCUGAUGAACGCCCAGCGUUUUCCCGAAUACGCUCCACAGUCAACCGAAUCAUCGGUCAGUCCGAGAGGAACUUGAUCGGUAGCUUAAUGAAAUCUAUGGAGAAGUACGCCAUCACGCUGGAAUCCCAAGUCGAGGAACAGACACGCAAUUUCAUGGAAGAAAAGCGCCGAUCCGAGCAAAUGCUGAGCUUUCUGCUUCCUCAAUCCAUCGCCGACGCAAUGCAGCGACGCGAAGCCGUCCAUCCGGAAAUGUUCGACAGUGCCACCGUCUGCUUCGCUGAUGUGCCCAUGUUGUCCGAAAUGCUCGAAAGUGGCUCCUCGCUGAAAUGGAUCGUCGAUGUUCUGAACUCUUUAUGCGGCAUUUUUGAUACCGUAACCCGGAAGUUCGAAGUGUACGACGUGGAAACGAUCAACGAUGCUCACCUUCUUGUUAGUGGAGUACCCGUACGGAAUGGCCAGGAACAUGCCAAAGAAAUUGUGUGUAUGGCGGCGGAGCUGCUGCACGAUACGAACAAGUUGUCCGCACAUACGGACGGACUGGCCAACAGACGAAGCAGCAGCUUGAGCUACAAGAAUCUCAGUGAAGAGUUUGAUCUGCGGUUCGGAAUUAAUACGGGUCCCUGUGUGGCAGGCGUUAUAGGACUGAAGUUGCCACGUUACUGCCUGUUCGGCGACACGGUCAAUACGGCGGCCAGGAUGAAAACAUACGGAAUCGCAGCUGGAAAAAUACAUAGCAGCUUAUCAACCAAGUACUUGCUGGACCGGACAUGUCCCGAUCGAUUUUUAUUUACCAGUCGCGGGAAAAUCGACAUAAAGAGCAAAGGCUUUAUGGAGACGUACUGGGUAGUGGAUAGCACGCAGCAACUUCCGUCCUAAACAGAAUACGGAUUCCCCGG